AUGAGAAAAAAAAAAAAAAAAACAGAAGUUGUGUACUGUAAUUGUUGUCAUUGUAAAUUCUGGACCAUCAAAACGAAAGAAACAGAGAUAGCGAGAGGGCCGGAGAGAUGUGGGAAGCGUUAAUCGGAUUCUUCUUCGUGUUCGUUCCAUACGCAAUCCCACGCACCUCUGCUACUGUUUCGAUCGAUUCGUUUUCCACGUCCUUCCCCGACCUUCCCGCCAAAUCUGCUGUUGCUGUCAAUAGGUCUGGUACAUGUGGAGCACUGUAUGUAGCAGAUCCUUUGGAGGCUUGCUCUUCGCUUCAAAACAAAGGAACUGAGCAAACGAGAUUGGCUUUGAUAAUUAGGGGUGGAUGUUCUUUUGAAGAUAAAAUCCGGAAUGCACAGAAUGCUGGCUUUCGCGCCGCAAUUGUUUACAAUGAUCAAAACGAUGGAAGCUUGGUUUACAUGAUGAUACACCCGAACAACAUUACAGUGCAUGCGAGUUUUGUUUCUAAGUUUGCUGGUGAAAUCUUGAAGGGGUAUGCUGAAGAGGGUGAAUUCAGAUGCUGUCUAUAUCCAAAUCAUUAUGAAUCAUCCUGGACGGUGUUGACAAUAUCUUUUAUCUCGUUUGUUGUCAUAUGUGCAAUCGCGGUGUUUGUCUACUUUGCACCCAGACAUUGGUCGUCUUCACAAGGAACACAUUUUCGCUCUCAAAGAGUAGAUGCUGAGAUGGUGGAAGCUCUACCCUGCUUCACGUUCAGCUCUGCUCAUCCGAGGGAUUGCCUCACUGAAGACACUUGUGCCAUUUGCCUUGAGGAUUACAAAGAUGGGGAAAUUCUUAAAGUUCUCCCCUGCCGACAUGGAUUUCAUUCAAUCUGCAUGGACUCAUGGUUGAAUAAGUCGGGUACAUUCUGCCCAGUGUGCAAGCAUGAUUUGGCAACGAAAAUUGCAUAUUCUGAUGUGAAGAAAGGAAUCAGGGUAUAGAAUCAACAAAUGGAAAUAAGGAUCGGUCUAGCUCUUGACAUUAGGGUGCUCCCUGUCUAACUAGGGCAUUUCAUGAAGAACAUUAGAAGCUUCCUUAGUUCUUCUCAGUCUCUGAAGUCUUGAGAGAAAUCUGGGAUGAUGUCCAAGAGUGCUUUUUUAUAUGAUCUGGGUUUUAAUCCACAAAAUUGUACAGGAUACAUUGUCAUUUUAUGCAUGUGUGUAUAUACAUACAUAUGUGUGUAUAUUUGCGUGUGUUUCUGAUUGACAUUUUAUGAAAAAAAAUUAAAAUAAAACCAUAUGUAAACCAUUAUAUUAUCCAACUUAACAAUAAUUUUUUAUCAUAUUUUUGAAUGACCAAUACUACUAUUGCACUAUA